AUUAAGCGCUGAAACCGACGUACACACCUGUCCCCAUUUUCUCUCUCUUCCAUGUCUUGUCUAUUCUCACUUUCUUCCUCUCUUUCUCUCUCUCUCUGCUCCAUUUCAGUGCUGUCUUCUCCCCACCACCCCACUCUCCCUUUCUCUCACACUCAUCCUAUCAUCAUCAUCAUCGUCGUCCUCAACAUGCCAUCCCUUUUGACCCUCCUUCUUCCCUUCUGUCUCAACGCCGCCGUUUCAUUCACCUCAACAUGCUGUUGAUUAUUCAUCCUUCCAACUCUCACUUUCCCCACUUCUUCUCCUUUGCCUUCCCCCAUCUGGAGACACGAUGAGUUCAAGAUUCAAGACAUGGGAUGUCGGAUUUGCAUUUGGAAAUGAAAGAGAGGCAACGUUGGAGAGCUGAAGAGGAUGCUUUAUUACGUUCUUAUGUCAAACAGUAUGGUCCUAGGGAAUGGAAUCUUGUUUCUCAACGCAUGAACACCCCUCUCAACAGGGAUGCAAAGUCAUGCUUAGAAAGGUGGAAGAACUACCUCAAGCCUGGCAUCAAGAAAGGAUCUCUCACCGAAGAGGAGCAGCGCCUUGUAAUCCGGCUUCAAGCAAAAUACGGCAACAAAUGGAAGAAAAUUGCAGCAGAAGUUCCAGGUAGAACUGCAAAGAGGUUAGGCAAGUGGUGGGAAGUGUUCAAAGAGAAGCAACAAAGAGAGAAGAAGGAGCUCAAUAGAAUCCCUGACCCCAGUAACAAUAGCAAGUACGAGCACAUACUUGAGUGUUUUGCAGAAAAACUAGUCAAGGAACAGCAUCCUUCACCUUCAUUUGUUAUGACUGCUUCUGAUGGGACAUUUCUGCGUACUGAUACACCAGCACCUGCAUCAGCCUUGCUUCCUUCUUGGCUUUCCAAUUCAAGUAGUGCUGCUGCUGCUGCUGGUCCAAGUUCCCUUUCUGGGACACUCAGUCUUUCUUCUGCAACAGUGGCUGCAGCUCCAUUCUCAUGGUUGCAACCUGAUAGGGGACCAGACAUUGCUCCUUUUGCUUUGGGGAAUAUACCAGCUUUCAGUGAAAAUAUGCUGAUAUCUCAGAUGUUGGAGCACUGCAAAGAGCUGGAAGAAGGGCACCGAGCUUUGAGUGCUCACAAGAAGGAGGCAGUUUGGAGGUUAAGCCGAGUGGAGUUGCAGUUGGAGUCAGAGAAGGCGAGCCGAAGACGGGAGAAGAUGGAAGAGUUUGAAGCUAAGAUUAGGGUUCUUCAAGAAGAGGAGAGAGCUGCUUUGAGCAGAAUUGAAGCAGAGUAUAGAGACGAGUUAGCUGCAUUGAAGAGAGAUGCUGAAAACAAGGAACAAAAGUUGGCAGAACAAUGGGCUGCAAAGCAUUUGCAGCUUACUAGGUUGCUAGAGCAGAUAGGAUGCAGAGCAGGGCACCUUGAACCAAAUACAAGAUGAAGAUAUCUUUUGGAAAAAUAGAUUUGGUGGUUCUCUUGUGACUUCCACUAUAUGCAGUUUACAAGAUGAUGAUAUUUUUAUGGUGAAAUGGAUAUAGGUGUUUUUGUGACUUGAAUUAUUUCCAGUUUAUGCUUGUUGUGAUCUUGGUAUAUUAGUGUUGUAGUUGUGUUAUAUCUGUUCCUACAACUUGAGUAAUUUCCUUAAGCACUUGAAUUAUAGUAUCACUUCCAUGUAUGUGACUUAGUUAUAUUGUUCA